UUGAUAGAGACACGUUAACUUCCUGUUUCGGUUUCUGAUGAUAUAUCACAAAUAGGGAAAACAAUCAAAUUUAAGAUGAAAUGGUUUAAAGGAUCUAUCCCAGAAGCUAUUAAAUUAGCCAAAGAGAAAGGAUUUCUCUUUGUUGUAUACGUACAUGGUGAUGAUGAACUGUCCAGAGAAAUGGAUCUGAGUUGGGAAUCAGAGCCUGUAAGCACAGAAGUGACUGGUAUUGUGGCAAUUCAAAUCAACUCAUCAAGUGAUGACUGCAAACAUUUCUCACAGAUUUACCCUGUAGUAAUUCUGCCAUCGACCUUCUGUAUCGGAGAGAAUGGUGUGCCACUAGAGGUAAUAGGGGGACCUCUGAAGCCAGAGGAUCUGGUUGCCAGAAUUGAUCAGGUCAAAGAGAUGCACACAGCCCAGAAACAGAGCCUCAUGGCUGGUGAAAACAAGCCCGUUACUCCAGGCACCAGUGGUGCAGUGGGAGGAGAAGGGCAGGGAGACGCUGGGGACCAGUCUACGUCCUCACUCCCACAUGAGGCGAAAUUGGAAAGGGCAAAGGAGCUGAUUGAAAAGAAAAGAACCGAAAAGGAACAGAAAGAGUUUGAGAAAAGGCGUGAGGAAGAGAUAAAGCGUCGAAAGCUGGGCCAAGACUUGCAGAAGUUGAAGUCCACACAACAGGAGAUGCAGAUGAAAGAAUUGAAGGACCAGAUGAGAAAAGACAAGGACGAUGAGAAGAAGGCCCGUGACAGAGUCAAACAACAGAUUGCCAGGGACAGGGAGGAGAGAAAUGAAAGGUUCCAGAAGGAGAAGAAAGAGAAAGAAGAGGCCAUGGAAUCAAAGAAACGGGAGAAACUGUUACAACAGCAGGCAGAGGCAGUGGCAGAUGAGGCCAGGAAGAGUGAGACGGCCCGUAUCCAGGUUCGUCUGCCAGAUGGUUCAUCAGUCACAGAGACAUUCGCUUCCUCACAACCACUGAGGGACCUCCACAACAUUGUCUCACAGAGACUGGGAGGGAGUGUAACAUUGAGUCAGACGUACCCCAAGAGGCGGUUUACAGAAGAAGAGAUGGACCAGUCAUUCAUCAGCCUUCAGCUUGCUCCGUCUGCUGUUCUUGUUGCAAUGCCGGGUGGCUACAUCAGCAGUCAAGCCUCCUCCUCGUCUGUUCAGUCAGCAGGAAUUGUCUCCCUUGUCUUCUCUCCUCUACUCUUCGUUUGGAGAUUUCUCUGCUCACUCUUCUAUGGAGGAGGUAGUAAUAGUCAACCAGGGGAAUCAACCAAUCGGCCUUCACAACAGUCACAACCACAGAACACACGAUCGAACAGACCUGCUACUGCACAUCAGAGGCGAGGAAACAUGAGUCGAAUGACUGAUUUGAGGGAUGAUGAUGAUGAUAUGUCCACAUAUAACGGCAAUUCUACACAACAGAUGUGAUAUAUCAAACAGUGGCCAUGUUAUCCAUGUUAUUUAUUUGUUGUGACUGACCCUAGUGGUCACUGGAAUGAUCCCUCUGUGCGAUGCUUUCUGAAGGCCUCCCAUAGUGGACACCAGGACUGGUUUCUAGCCAGAAAAAGGACUCAAAUCAUGAAAUGUGAUAAUAUAAGCUAUAAGCUUUUACCACAAUCAUGCUUAAAUAUAUUUAAUGUUCAAAUUUUGGAAAAUGCAAAGUAUAUGGUGUGUCAUUUUUACAUGCAUAGUGAGUUUGUAUGCAUAUAUUUCCAGUGGCCCUAUAAUUCCUAUUUUUAAGGCUUUUCUAAAAUUUCUAAAAAGUGCAAAACGAUCCAAAAAAGCACUACUUAAUCAUUGACAUUCCUGAUUUUCACUUUUUUCUCAAGGCACAUGUCUGUUCAGAUAGAAGUUCUUGCCUUGAUUAUAUAUCACAGGUAUACAUUUUUAGCUCGACUAUUCGAAGAAUAGGUGGGCUAUACUACUCGCCCCAGCGUCGGCGUCCGCUUAAAGUUUUAGGGCAAGUUGGGAUUUUCACUUUUAAGUCCAAUACCCUACAUUCAAUUGACUUAAUACUUCACACAGAUGUUCAGAGCCAUCACAUAAUGAGGUUAGAUAACUCCAUAUUAUCUUUUAUACAAAGUAUGGCCCCUGAUUGACUAUGGAACCUAGGUUAAAGUUUUAGGGCAGGUUGGGAUAUUGUUUAAUAACUUCUAUACCCUUCAUUCAAUUGACAUAAUACUUCACACAAUUGUUCAGGACCAUCACCCAAUGAGGUUACAUAACUCCAUAUCCUUAAUACAAGUUAUGGCCCCUGAUUGACUUAGGUUAAAGUUUUAGGCAAGUAAAAGUUAAGGGCAAGUUGGGAUUUUAAUAAAAAACUUCUAUACCGUUCAUUAAAUGCACUUAAUAAAAUUCAAAAUUAUUUACGACCAUCUUACAACAAGAAACAUAACUCUGUUUUAAGCCUAAAUACAAAUUAUGGCCCUUUAAUUUUUUUUUUUUUUUUUUAAAUUUUAUUUGAAAGGCAUAUUUGUAUAUUCUUAACCACAUUUUCAUAAUGGGAAAUCAAGUUAUUUGAAUGACUUGCAUCAUUGUUUGGGCUGGCUGGUGGGAGGGCAGCAUCAAAGUCACCUUAUGUAUCGAAUAAUUUUAGUUAGGUUUGACAUAGAGACCAAACUUGGUAUUAUUACAUUGUUAUUGUAUUCUAAGUCAAAGCGGCGUUGUCGAGCGCGCUGUCUUACGACGGCUCUUGUUUGUCUAGUUUUUUUAAAUCAAAGUGAUUUCAUACAGUUUGCAAACAGCUUCAACUUGGCACAAGCUGUGAGUUUUGUACAAUAUUUUGUUUCUUGAGUACACACUUGAAAGCUAAAGCCUGCUGAAGAGUAAUGCACUCUCACACUGACCUACUAGGACCAUGUCUUAUUUAUUCACAGGGAAAUGGUUCCCGGAAAAGCCCUAAUUUUUAAGAAUGGAGUCCUAAAAAUCUGAAAUUUUAACCUUAAAAUUAGUUCUGUCUGAAUUGCUGGAAAAUUAGCCCUAAUUUAUUUUCACAACUGCUGGAAUAUGUGCAUAAUUUUUAUGUUAUUUUAUUAGACUACUUAAACUGUGUAAUUUAAAAAAAAAUAAAAAAAUACUGGUACCUCUAAUAUCCGUUUCACAUUCAUCAUGUCAUUGGCUCUACAAAUUUUAUUUCAUGAACAGGUUAAAAUGACAUCAUAUUUUUCAAUAUAAAUAUUUAAGAAUUUGACCAGAAGAUUAAACCUUAUAAAGAUUUUCUUGUUUGGCAUCAAACAGUUAAGUUUAUUAUCUGGUCAUCAUGUAUUUAAAUUAUAUAAUAGAAUCCUGUUUCUGCUAUCACAACUUGAAAACUCUGAAAUCAAAUAUUGAUUGAUAUUAAAAUGUUUAUAGCCAUUAUUAUUUUGUACCAUUCUUUCAAACACGUUCAUCUCUUUUGCAUUGUGCUUUGCACUUUUUAGUCAUUGAGGUGCUGUUAAUUUUAAUUUCAUUCAUCACUCACCUUAAAAUUCUCAUUUAUAGUUGUUCUGUGGCCUUGUUAUUACUGGAUCUGGGUAAACAUUAUUGCUAGCACAUUUAUUUACCUACAUAAAACUUACAAAAUCAGUUUUUCAACAUUUUUAAAGUUAGUGAACCUGCUUGGUUAAAGAUAUAUCAAAAUACAUGUACUGUUUAAGUACCAUAAAUGUCCUUACUUUACUAAAGCUGUUGUUUAUUGUUAAUGCCUACAUCUGAGAGAAAUAUACAGUCAUGUUGUAAAUUUUUGUUGAUAUUUAUAUACAGAAAAAUAAAUCCAUAGAACUGGAA